ACAUGAUUGUCAAGUAAUCUCAUGAUUCCUUUCUCUAAAGCUUCACCACUACCUUUGAUCUGAUCUAUACCAAAACUCCUUCUCUAGUUUUCGAUACUGUUCUCUUUCUAAAGUUACCUACUUUCUGGUCUGUAAUAGUAAACACUGUAAAGAGUUUUGUUUCUGCAUCUGAGUUUGGUCUGAUCCAGUCUCAACCUUUUAAUCAUAGCCGAGAAAAAAAAAAAGGAAGAAGAUGGCGUUUGUGACAACUGCGGAAGUCUGUGACGCGAACCAAGACCUGAUUCGGAGUGGUGAGCUCAGAGCUUUGCGACCCAUUUUCCAAAUUUACGGCCGUAGACAAAUAUUCUCAGGUCCUGUUGUUACUGUCAAAGUGUUUGAAGACAACGGCUUGAUCCGUCAGUUCCUCGAGGAGAAAGGAAACGGGAGAGUACUUGUGGUGGAUGGUGGAGGGAGCCAACGGUGUGCGAUACUCGGAGGCAACCCCGUGGUUCAAGCUCAGAACAACGGAUGGGCGGGAAUCAUUGUCAACGGGUGCAUCAGAGACGUUGAUGAGAUCAAUGGUUGCGAUAUUGGAGUGAGAGCUUUGGCCUCUCAUCCAAUAAAGGCGAGUAAGAAGGGACUUGGAGAGCAAAGAGUUCCGGUUAAUAUUGCAGGGACUCGGAUUUGUGAUGGUGAAUGGGUUUAUGCGGACACUGAUGGCGUUCUUGUCUCUCAGACUGAGUUGUCCGUUUAAUACAAAAGGCUUUGUCUUCUUGUUUCUUUGGUUGCUGCAUUUGGAUUAGUUUCUAAGAACACAUGAACUUGGUUUGUGCUACUUCUCUUUAUCUGUUUUAGACCAGUUAUGUUACAGUUAUUACAAUUGCCGGUUUAGUACA